AUGGAAGAAAAGAGAAAAGAGGAAAAGGGGGAUGACAGAAAGAAGCAAAAAGUGAAUUUGAGAAAACGGGAAAAAUGGAAAGCGGAAAAGAGUCUAAUGGGUGAAUGGAAAAUAGAGAAAAAAGAUAGAGGAGAACAGGGUAAAUGGAAAAUGGGAAUUCGGCAAGGAAAUAAAGAACUAGGAAGGCAGACAGAGAGGGACAGACUAAGGGAGGGCGAGAGGGAAAAGGGAUGUAGGGACAAAAUGUUAGAGAACGAUAAAGAAGUGGACAAUAAGGCAGGAAGCGAGAGGAAGAAAGUGAGAUACAGAGAGAGAGAGAGAGGUGGAAGAGGGACUGAAACAGAAAGGGACAUAUGGAACAAGGAAGCAAGGGAGAGAGAAGAUAGAAAGAUAAAGAAAUGGGGAAACAGGAAGACAGGAGGCAAAUAG